CAUACCACCAUCCUUCUUCUGGGAAACUUCUAAGGCGGUCUCGGUUGGUAGGACAAAGAAUAAGCCACGAAACCAAGCUAAUAUAGUGGUGUUACGAUGCACUCAACAUCUCAUCUCUUCUCCCAAGGGGUCAAUGGCAUCCCGCUUAAUCUACAAACCUUUCUACUCUGCAGUCAAAACUUGAGGCACCGACCCCCCGCCCCCUUUGAUUCUUUCUUUAGAUCGCAGAUCAGGAUAAUACAAGGAAGGAAGGAAGGAAGGAAGAAAUAGGAAAAGACGAUACUAAUAUCAGGGGAAUAGUAGCCCUCCUGCUGCUGCUGCUGCUAUCACUUUUAGUUGGGGUUUCUUUUGAGGAUGGAGUUCACGCAUGGAAGAAGAAAUAGGUUUUCCAUCACCGAGAAAGAAGAGAAAGGGGAAGAUUGCAGAUAUGCUGCUUUCGUACCUUCCCCUUCUUCCUCCUCGUCGCCAUCGUCCUCCUCCGCUCCUUUCAGGCGGAACGACGGCUCCUCGGCCAGCGGCGACAACCUUUUUGUGGAGAAGGAGCACAUGUUCGACAAGGUGGUAACGCCAAGCGACGUCGGCAAGCUAAACCGGCUGGUGAUCCCGAAGCAACACGCCGAGAGGUACUUCCCGCUGGACGCGUCGGCCAACGAGAAGGGGCUGCUGCUCAGCUUCGAGGACCGCACCGGCAAAUCUUGGCGCUUCAGGUACUCCUACUGGAACAGCAGCCAGAGCUACGUGAUGACCAAGGGAUGGAGCCGGUUCGUCAAGGAGAAGCGGCUCGACGCCGGGGACACCGUCUCCUUCAGUCGUGGCGUUGGCGACUCCGGUCAACGUAAUCUUUACAUCGACUGGAAGCGGCGGCCGGAGAACCACGACCCGGCCCGGAUGCCCCGCGUUCCUCUCCCGGCCGUAUCCUUUGUGCGGUCGGUAGGACCGUGGGGCGGUCACCUCGUCAUGCCACCGGCGUCGGCGUACGACCGCCGCCGCGAAAGCUAUGGAUACAGUGUCGCGAGCCCGAGUGCUAUCGGGGGACAGCUUCUUUUCUUUCGUUCCCCAGAGACCGCGCCGCCACCCGUGAAGGUGCAACCCAGUGGCAGUGGCGGCCUGUCCAUGGUUCUUGAACCGAUGCCGGAGGUCCACAGCCAGGCGACGGCCAAGCGUGUAAGGCUAUUCGGAGUCAACCUUGUCCGUCCCGAAUCAGAAGGCGACGGCGGCGGCGGCGAAUCUACAUCAUCUUGCCUGUUACCAUCGCAAGAAACAUCUGCUCUCCAUCUCCUCCGAUUUCAGCAUGGCAGCGUCGAGUCCUCCUUGGCAUCAUCGUCCUCGAUGAGCAAGGAGCAGCAUUCGUCGUUGGAUCUUGACCUAUGAGGAGGAAGGACCCUGCGAGGGAGCAUAUUGCCAUUCACAUGCUAAUCAAUUGGGAUGGAAAUCGAACCCGAAUAGAAUGAAAGUUUUGGAGGUUCUUUCUUUAAUCUUGUGCUUCUCUUUUACUCUUAAAAACGGAAGAACGGAUGGGUGCAUCCAAAUCAAGAGCUGGUUUAAUCCUCCAUAAUCUUCUCUUAAAAGUGUAAAUACGCUGGAAGAUUCAAAGGCUCGUAAGCCCACAACAUAGGAUUCUUUUGCUAUAAACUCUCAUGUCUUUGUUGAUCUUCCUUUGAAUUGGAGUUUAUUCCAACUCCUAAGCCAGGUUUUAACAGCGUCAUCUCUCUCAGAAGACUCCAAAGUAGUCGAUUCGGCAUUCCUUAAAAUGGAGGACAGACAGUUCUGGAGCAAAUAGAGGUCAGAUCGAAAUCCUUCUCUGUCCAUUUUCCUAUCUUGCAUUUACCGGGAUUACUUUUUGGUCUGCUGUGGCAGCGUUACAAUACUUUCAUCCAUGCACUAAGGGUAGCUUAGGACACGACUCCAUACACCUGCAUAGAUUUUCUUCCUUCCCUUCCUUUUAGCUGAAUGUCUUGUAGAACUUGUGUCACCGUAGGAAGUUGCAGAAGGAUGAAUUACCUGCUCCUCAUUUAAUUAAAGGCUGUUAAAGUUGGAUUAUCUUUGCUUCUGCUGCAAAUUUAUUGAGUUCCACCUGUUGAUAUAUGUACACAAAGGUGCGAUGUUCUCCAUAGUUUCAUGCUUUUACUGGUUUAUUAAUCUUCUUACUCCCAAAAUUAAACGGAGAAGUUCAUAUGAUUUACAUGUAAAUGAAACUUUGAAGGCAAAAAUAAUCUACAUGUCUAGUAGCUUUAUCCCAAUCUUUUCCCUACAAGUAUUUCGUUGUCUCUAGCAAUUUUCACUCAAAAAUUGCUCCUUACAAUUUUCAUUAGAAGAAAAUCUCCUUAUAUGUUCCGUUUAAAAUGUUAAUUAGUGAUUAACUAGCCAUUAAUGCUUCCAAUCUCGUGAAGGUUAAUUAGUAAUUAAUCUGAUUGAAAGCUGGUAUUGUUCUAUCAGUCAUGCCAUGUUCAUUCAUUGCUGAUGCUACAAGAGAGUGACAUUUAUAUCACUUUACCGUAAUGCUACAGACUGGUCCCAUGAAACUCUUCCACCGAAAGCAAGGUUAGAAAGACAACAACAUGGCUACUACUAACAUUUUAUUUCAUUUCUCCGGACUAUAAUAAGAUCGUAAUUGGCUCCUACUUGAACAAAGAGAUACCUUCUUUUAGUUUUACAUGGUUGUGCACAUGAGUACAUCAUCAUGCAGUGAUGAAUAGCUUGUGCUUAUCGACGCAGAAUAAAACAAGGUUCAUUCAUGCAUAUUAUAUAGGUCUUCUCAUUGUUUCUUCGGAAAAUGCUAGUUAUGACUUAGAAAAUUUUGCGCUUGCGAUACCGAUGUUGAUUAAGGAAUAACUCAUUGUCAAUUUGUCUAGUACAGUGUCGGAUACAUACCUAAGUAUUUGAAGAAAUCGUGUGGUAUUCGUGUUGAUUAAUGUUAUAUUGGUCAUGAACAUAUAGAUUAUAGGUUUGGCAUUGUACGUAAUCAAUUCACUUACUUUCAAAUGGUCGUACUUUGAUAUGCUAAUCGAGCUUUAUAUAAGUACUUUUUCUAAGUCUUAUUUAUUUGGUCAUCUUGGCAUGCUAGUUUUAUUUAGGGCAUCUCUCACAUGAUAGCAUACUGUGAAACUAAUUAAGAUGCAAUCCUUGCAUAUAGAACGGACGUAUGCUUAUGUCCUCUUGAUUGAUCACUCAUGUUAUUGAUCUGAUUUGAAGACGUCUAUUGAGGGGGAAGAAUUGCUAUUAUUGUACUAUGUAUCAAGAUGAAUGAGCAUGCACAUGACAAUAGGUUUGGUCCUUUGAAUUUGAGAUGAUGGUUAGCAACUUUAGAUAGGACAGCCAUUGAAUCAGUCUUCUUUUUGUCUUGAUCACAAUAUCACAAAAAAUGGUCAUGUAAUUUGCAGAAACAAUACAUUGGCACAGUUGAAAAACUUGCAAAUGCAAAUGUAACCUAAAGAUAUGAUAAUAGCAGCGAUGAUGUCUAUUACAAUAUUAUAUUUUUCAUAGACCUUUUAGACGGCUGAAUGGUAUUGCUAUUGGUCAUGAAUUAUGACUCCAUCUCUGAGGCCAUGAUGAUGCAUUAUGAAAUUUAAUUUGGCGAACCAGUUGAGUAUGUAUGUUUGGGCAACGAACAUCAUCCGUAUUGCUAAUUGUCACAGCAUGCGAAAUAGGGUAUUCUUCUAUGGUUAAAGAACCUGCAAUUUAUAGAGAUUAAAGCGUUGGGGCCACAAUGGUGUCAAUUUCAUUUAUCAUAGCUUUGGGGCCAUAAUGUUAAACUUUGGAUUAGAGUGAUUCCAAUUCCCUCAUAUAAGACUCCUAUUGUUCAGUUUGAUGUUUGCACUCCUAUAAACUAUUCUCACUAAUAAGCAUCAUAAUCGCGUGUCUUAGUUUUCUAACUAGCAAUUUACUUAUAUCUUUUAGAUAUCAUGAGCCUCUCCUUGAAGUGUCCGUAUAAACUGUUGCAAUUCGACGUAUGUUGGAUGUAAGUUUUAUGGUUCAUCUAUUGAAUUCUUUCCUUAUGAACAUAUGCUUGUGCAUUUUCUGCUACUACUGCACUCGGCCAACAAUGAGUUCCUCUCUGAUGUUUGGUUUACGUGCACUGAAUACUAACCCAAAUUUUAAAGAGAAAGGAAUUAGAAAUUUAAAUAAAUAAAGUACAUUAUAUAUAUAUUCCAUUUUAUGUAUGCAUUCGUGGCAUUAAAGAAAUGAUGAAGAUGAGAGUUGUACAAUGUGCAUUUGAGCAAAUCUGUUCCAGUCACCAUGUUAAUCAAAACAAUUUAGUUUAGUUGCAGGAAGAAGCUGAUUUGAUGUUGUUGUUUUAUUUUUAUUUUACAUUUUUGAAAUACUAAUGUGGCAAGCAUAAUUGGCUAAAAACAAGCAUUUGAUUUUGAUUUGCUCAGGCUUAUAAGACUUGCAAGUUUCUUUUGUGUUCCUGAUCAGAUCUGAGAGUACUGACUGGAGGCUUCUUGAAGCACAAUUUAGAACUUUUCCUUGAAAGGAAGGUUUCUUGUGAAGACCUGCAGAAAGCGCAGAUGAUGGCUUGAAUAAUGCACCCCAAAGAAACUGGAGGAAGAUCUCAUGGGGACUUCGAAACAUAGCUGUUAACUUUUGAAGAGGACGUAACUUCAAAAUACUUUCCCUACAUUUACCCAUACUACCUCUUUCUUUGGAAGCUCAUGUCAUUUGCGUAUCCGAUGCAGAAAUAAGAUAUAUUAUAAUAUUACAAGAUGGUAGAUAAAGGCUGAUUAGUACACGAUUUGGGAGUACUCUAAAUCUGUAACUUCAUAAUGUUAAACAGGGACUUUCUCACAUUUAAGAUGACUUGCUUUUCUUCU